GUUCUAUCAACGUUCCGUCAGCUGAAGCACAUCAGUCUCGCUGGGUCGAUGCUGGCAACCAGAGGUUCCCCUCUGCUCUCCGAUAUGAGUGCUGGAAUCGCCGGGCUAUUGAGAUCGCGAGUGGGAGAGACCCUCAGCAGCCUUGAUCUCAGCAGAUGCCGAUUGUCUGCUAACUUUGCAGCACCGGAAUUGGUCAGUGCUUUGGCGCACUCCGGGGUGACCGAACUGCUGCUGAAUGACAACAGGCUUGAAGACGUCGGUAUUAUUCAAUUGUCAGGAGUAUUUGCCUACGGUACAUGUAAACUACGGCGCCUGGAACUGGCAGGGAAUCGGCUGAAGAAGAACGGUCUCGAACAGCUCAUCGAACGGAUAGCCAGCUCUGAUGUAAAGCUGCGAGUCUUAGAUAUAGGAAGUUCGCAACCAAUAGAUAUAAGGGGCUACGUUCAGGAGAACUUCGCUGCGCGCACUCGGCUAAGACUUCAACUCCAUGGCAUCACUGUGUUACGAUCCACGGACGGAGCCACCGUGGCAGAAGGCUUCGAUCCGUACUGAAGAUUCGAGAUUCACACAACACAGACUAUGAUACAUAUACUGUGUGCUGUCAUACUGAUCGUCAUCUUGAUCUAAAAGGCAGCUGACUGAUGAACAUUGAACAAUUAUGACUCAGACAAAUCUACAAACUAUAGCAAAAAGCUAAAAAAAAUGAGUGACUCCCUUUCCCA